AAGCUGUGUGUUCCCACAGAUUCGUCCUAUUUGGCAGCUGCUGCCUCAUCCACAGCUUCUGAUCUCUAAGACUCCCUUCUCCCAAACCACCUGUCACCAUGGCCCACCGAUUUCCAGCCCUCACCCCAGAACAGAAGAAGGAGCUCUCAGAAAUUGCCCAGCGCAUUGUUGCCAAUGGAAAGGGGAUCCUGGCUGCCGAUGAGUCCGUAGGCACCAUGGGAAACCGCCUGCAGAGGAUCAAGGUGGAGAACACGGAAGAGAACCGCAGACAGUUCCGAGAACUCCUCUUCACUGUGGACGACUCCAUCCGCCAGAGCAUCGGGGGCGUGAUCCUGUUCCAUGAGACCCUCUACCAGAAGGACAGCCAGGGCAAGCUGUUCAGAAACAUCCUUAAGGAAAGGGGGAUCGUGGUGGGAAUCAAGUUAGACCAAGGAGGUGCUCCCCUUGCAGGAACAAACAAAGAAACCACCAUUCAAGGGCUCGAUGGCCUUUCUGAGCGCUGUGCUCAGUAUAAGAAAGACGGCGCUGACUUUGGGAAGUGGCGUGCUGUGCUGAGAAUUGACAACCAGUGUCCAUCCAGCCUCGCUAUCCAGGAGAACGCCAACGCCCUGGCCCGCUACGCCAGCAUCUGUCAGCAGAGUGGAAUGGCUUCUCUCCUUCUAGGCAUCUGCUUUUUGUCUGGUGGCAUGAGUGAAGAGGAUGCUACCCUCAACCUCAAUGCUAUCAACCUUUGCCCUCUACGAAAGCCCUGGAAACUAAGCUUCUCCUAUGGACGGGCCCUGCAGGCCAGCGCGCUUGCUGCCUGGGGUGGCAAGGCUGCCAACAAGAAGGCGACUCAGGAGGCUUUUAUGAAGCGGGCAGUGGCUAACUGCCAGGCAGCCCAAGGCAAGUAUGUUCACACGGGCUCUUCCGGUGCUACUUCUACCCAGUCACUCUUCACAGCCUCCUAUACCUACUAGACCCCGAGACAGACCAGCCGGCUCCAGCUCCGCUAGGUGUCUUGGGAGGAGGGCUGAAAGGGAACCACCUUUCCACUGACCCUGGAAAUUAGACAAAAUUAGAUUGGAACUACUGGAAACACAAUACAUGUUAAAUUCUUAGACACAAGGAAAAAAAAAUCGGCUAUUGAAACUCAGGUCUGAAUGUCAAGGAUCUGACAAAAUGUCACUACAAUGGUUUCCUUGCCACACUUCCAGUGCUCGAUGGCCCAGGGUAUCCAUCUAAGAAAAGAAUAGGACUUUAAAACAAAAUCAGCUGUCCACCCAAAUAACGACCAUCGAAUGAAACAUCUCAGAAGCUGAGGGCAGAGAAGUGCCUCUUAUUAAACAACCUUAGCAGGGUUAGGUUAUGAAGAAGACAGGUGCAACCACAA